ACCAUGGCCUGAGCUCACGGCACGGCCUCAACAGAGGAAGCAAAGCUUUCACGGCUCGUCUGGCUGGGGACGCCAUCAUGGAGCUGCUUCCUCUUCUCCUCGCCUGCUCCCUCCUGUUCACGGUUGCAGCUCCUGCCCGGGACAUCACCAGCGUCUGCGCCUCGCAAAUCAGGGAUUUCCCGCACCGGAACAGCUCGGGGCUCCACCUGACACUGCACCACCCGCAGAGCCCCUGCUCGCCGGCGCCGCUCCCGUCCGACCUCCCCUUCUCCACCGUCCUCAGCCACGACGAUGCGCGCGCCGCCCACCUCGCCUCGCGCCUCGCCACCAAUAACGACGCGCCGCCCCGCCGCCCGACGUCGCUCCGCAAGAAGGCCGCCGGCGGCCGCUUCGACGACUCCCUGGCCACCGUGCCGCUCUCGCCGGGCAUGUCCAUAGGCGUGGGGAACUACGUAACCCAGCUGGGUCUUGGCACGCCGGCCACCUCCUACGCCAUGGUCGUCGACACGGGCUCGUCCCUCACCUGGCUGCAGUGCUCGCCCUGCGUGGUGUCGUGCCACCGCCAGGCCGGCCCGCUCUACGACCCCAGGGCGUCCAGCACCUACGCCACCGUGCCGUGCUCGGCGUCGCAGUGCGACGAGCUCCAGGCCGCCACGCUCAACCCGUCCGCCUGCUCCGUCUCCAACGUCUGCGUCUACCAGGCCAGCUACGGCGACAGCUCCUUCUCCGUCGGCUACCUCAGCAGGGACACCGUCUCCUUCGGCUCCAGCAGCUUCCCCGGAUUCUACUACGGCUGCGGCCAAGACAACGAGGGGCUCUUCGGGCGCUCGGCGGGGCUCAUCGGCCUCGCGCGCAACAAGCUCUCGCUGCUCUCCCAGCUCGCGCCCAGCCUCGGCAACUCCUUCUCCUACUGCCUCCCGACGUCGGCGUCGACGGGGUACCUCACCAUCGGGUCCUACAACCCGGGGCAGUACUCGUACACGCCCAUGGCGUCGAGCUCCCUUGACGCCUCGCUCUACUUCGUCACCCUGUCCGGGAUGUCCGUCGGCGGGAGCCCGCUCGCGGUCUCGCCGUCGGAGUACAGCAGCCUGCCGACGAUCAUCGACUCGGGCACGGUGAUCACGCGCCUGCCGACGAGCGUGUACUCGGCGCUGAGCAAGGCGGUGGCCGCGGCCAUGGGCGGGGCGGCGCGCGCCCCCGCGUUCUCCAUCCUGGACACCUGCUUCGAGGGCCAGGCGUCGCGGCUCGGCGUGCUGGCCGUGGGCAUGGCGUUCGCCGGCGGCGCGACGCUGAAGCUGCCGACGAGGAACGUGCUCAUCGACGUGGACGACUCCACCACGUGCCUGGCGUUCGCGCCCACGGACAGCACGGCCAUCAUCGGCAACAUGCAGCAACAGACGUUCAGCGUCGUCUACGACGUCGCGCGGUCCAGGAUCGGCUUCGCGGCCGGCGGCUGCAGCUGAAGGGCGAACCGCACCGCACGGCACGCAUGGAUGUGAGCGAUGCCAUGGCAUGGUAAGCUCAGGCUUGGUAAUUAAUUGAAAAUGGAUACACAUGUAAAUUUCAAGUUGAUGAAGAUUAUUGUGUUACAAGUUACCGAAUUGUUCAUUCUACGCUCCUGUAAACUGUACAUCAUUUAUAUAUAGGUAAAACGAGUAUCUGAAUUUAUACAGCUCGUUCAAAGUGUCAACAAUUUAUAAGGUAACGAAAACAGAAAUGUAAUGACUGGACGGUUUGGUUCAUCCUUAUGUCUGUUCUUGAUCAAA